UAAUGGAAAAGAAAUUAAUUUCAUCUGAUAAAAAAUCCUUAAAUGAUUUAAAAAAACAAAUAACAAUAAUAUUAGAACGUUUUGAUUAUGGUAUAUAUGAACAUAAUUUAAAUUUUGAUGAAUUUGAUCCGAAAAUUCAACAAAAAUUACAUUUAAAAUCUGAAGAAAUUUUUGAAAUUUUAUCACAACAAACCGAUGAUAAUAAUGUUGAUGAUCGAUUAAUAAAUUAUUACAUAAAUAAUCGACGACAACUUUAUGAAAAAUAUUUUCGUCGUUUAGAUAAAUUGCGUCAAGAACAAAAUCAAGACAAUGAUGACGAUGAUGAUGAUGGUAAUCGAUCGGGUAUCUGGUCAAAUCAAGGUGAACUAAAAUAUGGUUUAUGGCAUAAUUGUUUAUUUACCAAAAUGAAACGUUCAUCAACAUCACAUUUAUUUGAUCGUCGUUUAACAAGUAUGGCUAUGUAUUAAGAAAAAUUAAUCUAUUUUACACCAAAUGCAAAAAUACCUGUAAAAAUAUCCGAAUUAUUGGAUACCGAACGUAAUAUUCUAGUGAUACCUGGUCAUUAUUCACGUAAUCUUCGUGAUCCAGUAUUUAAUCGUAUUAAUCGAUUGGCGAAUCAAUCAAAAUCAAUAUUAGUACGUCGGCUACCGACCAUAGAACAUAUUGUUUGGAAUAAAUUUCAUGGCGUUAUAUCAUGGACAUUAUUCUUAUCAAUUCUACAUGAUAUUUGUCAAAAUCCAAAUGAUAAUUGGAAUAAUGUUUUUAAACGUUAUUUACUUGAAAUGGAAUUAAUAAAAUCCGAUACAGAAUUAUCUCGAGAAAUGAAUCAUGCACAACAAAUACGAAUGAAACGUGAACAACAAAUUCAAAAUUUUAUUCAUUCAAAAACAAAACAAAACAAAAAAAUGAUUGUAGAAAAAAAGAAAAACAAAAUUUGAAAUAAAAAACUUUUUUUUUCAAAAAUUCAAAAACAAUCCUGACCAGCGACUAUUUCCACCUUCUGGGUAUGGUGGGUGAAAUUAAAACAACAAAAAGAAGGGGGUGGUGGCAAUAUUUUUGGUGUUCGAUCUGUUCAUUGUUGUUUGUUGAUGUUUUGAUUUAUCAAAUUCGUCAAGA